AUGCAGUCCGCUUCGCCAAACGUGCUCACAAAGUUUGAGUCGAAGUCAUCCAGAGCAAAGGGCCUUGCUUUCCACCCAAAGAGGCCAUGGCUUCUAGUCGCUCUUCACUCGUCAACUAUCCAAUUGUGGGAUUACCGCAUGGGAACUUUGAUUGAUCGAUUUGAAGAACAUGAUGGUCCCGUUCGAGGCGUCGAUUUUCACAAAACUCAGCCAUUGUUUGUCUCUGCAGGUGAUGACUAUAAGAUUAAGGUCUGGUCGUUGCAGAGCCGGCGGUGUCUAUUUACUCUUAAUGGCCAUUUAGAUUAUGUUCGAACGGUCUUCUUUCAUCAUGAGCUUCCGUGGAUCAUCUCCAGUUCAGAUGACCAGACCAUUCGUAUCUGGAACUGGCAAAACCGGUCUCUAAUUUGCACUAUGACCGGACACAACCAUUAUACAAUGUGUGCACAGUUCCAUCCCAAGGAUGAUCUAGUCGUCUCGGCCUCCCUAGAUCAGACAGUGCGUGUUUGGGAUAUCUCGGGGCUUCGAAAAAAGCACUCCGCUCCUUCCAGCACUAUGGCGUUUGAAGAGCAGAUGGCUCGCUCGAACCCUGCUCAAGCAGACAUGUUCGGAAACACUGAUGCGGUUGUCAAAUUUGUUUUGGAAGGCCACGAUCGUGGUGUUAAUUGGGUUGCAUUCCAUCCCACACUACCCCUGAUUGUUUCUGCCGGUGACGAUCGCCUUAUAAAAUUGUGGAGGAUGAGUGAAACGAAAGCAUGGGAGGUGGACACCUGCCGAGGACAUUUCCAGAACGCUUCCGCUUGUAUCUUCCAUCCACAUCAGGAUUUGAUACUUUCCGCUGGAGAGGAUAAGACUAUUCGCGUUUGGGAUUUAAAUAAGAGGACUGCUGUACAGUCCUUCAAGCGAGAUGCAGACCGCUUUUGGAUGAUUGCGGCUCACCCCGAGAUCAAUCUUUUUGCCGCAGGCCAUGACACAGGCGUCAUGGUUUUUAAACUUGAGCGAGAGCGCCCGGCCUCUGCGCUAUACCAGAACCAAGUCUUCUACAUAACAAAAGACAAGCACCUCCGCUCUUAUGACUUCACGAAAAAUACCGAAUCUCCAGCCAUGCUCUCUCUCAAGAAGCUUGGAAGCCCUUGGGUACCUGCAAGAACUUUAUCCUACAACCCAGCUGAACGAGCCAUAUUGGUGACCUCGCCUACUGAUAAUGGCACUUACGAACUUAUUCACAUCCCCAGGGACUCCACCGGUGCGGUAGAGCCAACAGACGUGAAACGCGGGCAUGGAAAUUCCGCAGUGUUUGUUGCCCGUAACAGAUUCGCCGUCUUCACCCAGUCCAACCAACAAAUAGAUAUCAAAGACCUGAGCAAUUCUACCACUAAGACGAUCAAGGCCCCUCAUGGCACAACGGACAUUCACUUUGGUGGAACCAGUUGUCUUCUACUUCUUACACCAACUACAGUGGUUCUACUUGAUAUUCAACAGAAGAAACAACUUGCGGAAUUGAGUGUCAGUGGUGUGAAGUACGUGGUAUGGUCCAACGACGGCCUUUAUGUUGCUCUAUUGAGCAAGCACAAUGUAACGAUUGCCACAAAAACCCUGGAGCAUGUCAGCACUCUCCAUGAGACCAUUCGAAUCAAGAGCGCUUGCUGGGACGACAGCGGCGUACUCCUCUACUCUACCCUCAACCACGUCAAGUACUCCCUUCUUAAUGGGGAUAAUGGUAUCGUCUGCACUCUAGACCAAACUCUUUACUUGGUCCGUGUAAAAGCAAGAAAGGUAUACUGCUUGGAUAGGACUGCUAAGCCAACUGUCCUCGCAAUUGAUCCAACUGAAUACCGUUUCAAGCUAUCCUUAGUAAAGCGAAAUUACGAGGAAAUGCUUCAGAUCAUCAAGACCUCCAGCCUUGUUGGGCAAAGCAUUAUCUCAUACUUGCAAAAGAAAGGCUACCCUGAGAUUGCUCUGCAAUUCGUCCAAGAUCCCCAAACCAGAUUUGAGCUUGCUUUAGAAUGCGGCAACAUCGACGUCGCGAUCGAAAUGGCGAAAACCCUUGACCGCCCCAAGCUCUGGGCUCGUCUCGGAACUGAGGCCCUAGCUCACGGUAACAAUCAGACUGUUGAAAUGACAUAUCAAAGGCAAAGAAACUUUGAUAAACUGUCCUUCCUUUACGUUGCUACAGGUGACCAAGAGAAACUCUCUCGUAUGGCUAAGAUUGCCCAGCACCGAGGUGAUUUUACGUCCCAGUUUCAGAACGCACUCUAUCUCGAUGACAUUGAAGCCAGGAUCCAAAUGUUCAAGGAAAUUGAUCUUUUGCCAUUGGCAUACCUUACUGCCAAAACACAUGGAUAUGCUGAGGAAGCCGAGUCUAUCCUCGAAACUAGUGGUCUUUCGGAAGAACAGAUAAACCUUCCAUCACUUGGCGAGCCAAAGCCAGUCCCCAAUGUUAUUGUUCAAACUUUCAAAUCCAACUGGCCAGUAAAGGCUCCCUCUCAUUCCUCUUUUGAGAAGGCACUUCUUGGUGAAGUUGGUGGGGCUGAUAAUGAAGACGCCAAUGGCUUUGAAGACCAAGAUGGAGAACGGGAGCUGGAUGGUGCAGCAGCCGGCCUGGGCGAUGAGCAAGAGGAGGAAGAUGUUGCCGGUUGGGACAUGGGAGAUGAUAUCCAGAUUGAAGAAGAAACUGAUCUCCUCGGUGCGGAGAAUGUGGAAGGUGGCCCAUCAAGCAGUGAAGCUGAGCUAUGGUCUCGCAAUUCGCCUCUGGCUGCUGACCACGUUGCGGCUGGUUCAUUUGAUACAGCAAUGCAGCUUCUGAACCGUCAAAUUGGUGCCAUCAACUUUGAACCUUUGAAACCUCGCUUUCUGGAAAUUUAUCAAGCCAGCAAAACCUAUCUUCCCGCAACCCCUUCUCUUCCUCCGAUAAUAAACUACGUCCGCCGCACUGUUGACGAGACCGAUCCACGCAGGCUUCUUCCAAUUAUCCCACGGAGCCUCGAGACCAUUGCUAGCGUGGAUCUACAGGAAGGAUACGCUGCCAUGCGAUCUAACAAGCUUCAGGAUGGGAUUGUCAUAUUCCAGCGUAUUCUACACUCAAUUCUAGUCAAUACCGUGUCAUCAGAGACACAUGUAGCUGAAGCCAAGAAAAUCAUCUCAACAGCAAGGGAGUAUAUCCUGGCGAUGUCAAUGGAGCUUGAACGACGAGCCUUGCCUACUGAUACUCCUGAGAAUCUAAAGAGGAGCCUCGAACUUUCUGCCUACUUCACUAUCCCAAAGCUUGAAGUCGCUCACAGGCAGUUAGCCCUCAUGGCCGCCAUGAAAUUUGCUUACACCAACCAGAAUUUUUCCUCUGCUCUCAGCUUUGCCAAUAGGAUGAUCGCAAACGGUGGCUCGGCCAAACUCCUUGACCAGGCAAAGAAAAUAAAGGCUCAAUGUGAACGUAACCCGCAGGAUACUAUUGAAAUCGAAUUUGAUCAAUUUGCGGAAUUUGACAUCUGUGCUGCCUCGCAUACCCCGAUCUAUAGUGGAUCUCCAAGCGUGUCAUGCCCGUACACCGGAACUAAAUAUCAUGAGCAGCACAAGGGCUCCGUAUGCACGAUCUGUCAGGUAGCGGCGGUUGGUGCUCCUGCGAGUGGCUUGCGACUAUAUGCUCCAGGACAGCACUAG